GUUGGGAGCUUCAAAGUCGAACGUUUCUCUUUCAGCUUGAACUUGCUCACUUUCACGCGGUACUUAUGAAGAUUUGGCUGAAACGGGUUUGUGUACUAAUGUUCACCCCGAUACUGAUCAACUAUUCAGCCAGUGCGUUUCCUAACUAUCAGAUAUAUCUGGUCCAAUAAUGGGCGUUAUUGCAACUUAUGUGUAGAAAGCUACAAAGUGCGUGUGAUAUUUUCCACUUUCAUUGGUCGUGCAGCAAUGUGUGGAAAUUCCGUUGUGUGGCACUCCAUUGUGACAACCAAGAGUUGAAUUUGUACUGAAAUAUACUAAAACAGUUCACCAGUCCCCAUAACUUUUUAAAACUAAACCAAUAACCUGUUUCUAAUUGAUCUUAUAAGGAUUUAGUAACGAUGUAUUGUAAUGUUUAAAGCAUACCUGAAUAUCAAUUUUCAUGCCCGAGAAUUCCUUGAUUUUACACAGGAUUGCUUUAAAUGUCGACAACCAUCAAUUGUUCUAUUCCAACGCCUUCUAAUGGCGCUAAAAACACAGUUCCAGAUUCAUCGCCCGCUGUAGUAAAACUUCCACCAACUAGCUCUGUUCGCCAAGCAGCUGACACUACAUCGAAUCAAAAGGAUUCAACUAAAGUACCCAUAUGUCUAAUAAGAUUAGUCCGGUCCAUUGUUAGAACUUUCUAUUCAAGAGAACAUUCUCUCAUCGUCGAUAUGCUGGUUCGCAACACAAUUAUGAAAGAAGAUGACUUAUGUGAAAGACUGCGCUUUGAAAGAAAACAACUGAGACAAUAUCUGCACACGCUAAAAUGUGAUCAAUUUAUUAAAUCGAAAUUGCAAUUGGAAACGGAUGCUGAUGGAAAAACAACGAAGAUUACGCACUAUUUUAUUGAUUAUAAACUGUUUGUCAAUGUAGUCAAGUAUCGUUUAGAUCAGAUGCAACGUCGAUUAGAAGCUGAACAACGGCAGUCAACAAGUCGGGCUAGUUUCAAAUGUUCGUCUUGUAAUACAGCGUAUACAGAUUUAGAAGUUGAUCGCUUAAUGGAUUUUACUAAUCCAGGAAAACUGGUAUGUGUGUAUUGUCGUGGUGAAGUUUGCGAGGAAGAAGAUAACGCUUCACGUACAGAUGCACGUGCUUUAAUCGCGAAAUUUCACCAUCAGGUCCGAGAUCCUAUAGAUCUAAUGCUCCGUGAAUGUGAUGAAAUACACCUGUCACCUGCAAUACUCGAACCAGAAAUCCGUCCACUUGAACCUCUAAAUGAUGAGACCUAUGAUGGAUCACAAACUUCCUCUCAGAAUGUUGGUAGGAAUCCUAUUCUUUGUGGGGAUAAAAAUAAAAAAGACUCUUCUCUGUUUGGUCCAACUGAAAGCAGUGUUCGAAUCGUACUAAGCGGAAACUCAAGCGGAUCGAACCAAGUAGUCAAAGAAAGACCAAUAUGGAUGUCUGACAGUACCAUUAGUCUCAACCCAGCACAUGGAAUCGGGGAUACUGAUUCACAAGUGAAUAUAUUUUCAAACGCAUCCGACCUUCAUCCAAACCGUACUUCUGAAGACACCAUCACUCAGACUCUUGCCCCUGGGAGAGUGCCUUCCGGAUUUGGUAGUAACGUGUCCAAUUCCGUUACUAGUCUUUCUCAUAACAGACUAGUGGAUACUGCUACAUCAGAAACUAAUCUAAUGACAAAUACAACUAGUGGAGCCAAUUCCGCUUCGUCUAGUGAUAUUAUGCAAUUACUUUUGGUUCAUGAGAGACGCAGUUUACCUACGCAGAACCCUCCUAAAAAUGUAAAUGUUGCAGGUCGCAAUAAUGCACACAAAACUACGCUUUCCCAACAAGAUCCCAUAGUUACUACAGGAAAUACAUCUGUGGAUUCUCAUCCGAAGAAGUUCGAGGUUACUAUUAAGGGACAACUAAUGUUGUAUACAGAUGUAACUUCAGCAAUGGUAAAGUCAAUGACUAAAGAAGAGCGUGAAAAUUACGUGCGCGUCGGUAAGCUUAUGUUUACCAACCUAAUGCUCGAAUAA